GACCCCGCCGCGAGGCGCGCCACACGUCGCCGCUCCGCCUCGCUGCCUCGCAGUGCCCCGUCGUGUCUCGUCACACUAAGUGCCUUCGAAAAACACGUGCCUUAAAACACGACCACUCCAUAAAAAAUAUUAAAAUAAUAAACUCGAUUUAAAUACAAUAUUUUCGCGUGGGAAUUGGAUUGUAUCGAACUAAACCUGUCUAUUCUGAUUGUUUACAAAUACAAAUCCGUUGGUAACGCGCGUGUCGGCACGCUUUCUGGUGUAAGUAGUGCAGUGGGUGCAUUCCUGUGCGUGUUGGCUGGUGGGAGCGAUGUGGUAGUGGCAUGGGAGCUGUCAGGGAACUCCGCAAAGGCGAGAUGGCGCGAUCUCCACGCAGGAUAACCGCGCACCGUCGCAGCCGCAGCCGGUCUCGGGAACUCUCACGACUGCGGACGCAACUCAACGGAAAAGGCUCAAUUCAACCGAAUGGUGAUUGGAUGACGAUCUCGGCCCGCUCCCCCGACAAGGAGCCGUCGCCGCCCAAGCAGAUCAACUUCGCCGAGCCAUUGGUAGCGUCCGUGCGAGUGUACCUGGCACAUGAGCUGCCCGCCAAGCAGCUAGCACUGCCGGCCCCGCCGCCAGCGCUGCCCGAGCCCGAACCCGCCGAGCCCCCGCACUGCGAUGUCGACAUAGCCACUCACACGGCGCGCGAAGAUAUCAAGGGCAUCAAUUUCGAGGCGCGCCUCAAACGGAAUGACCUCAACAACAACGCGUCGCGGCAGCAACUAGGAGAGUCCCGCACAACCGACAUGCCCAGCCAGGCCGAGCUCAUGCAGCGGCAGCCGCUGCUGUCGCGCACCGCCAAGGCGGACGCCCCGCAGCCCACUACGGACGAGUCAGACCCUGACCAGGAGCACUCGCCGCAACGCUCGCACGCUGGCGAGUUCAUAGUAGAGAUCCCGGCAGGCACUGUGCGAGAAGAACGCUACCCUAAAGAGAUAUGGAAGACUAUUAUGUCAUUCUUUUUCCUAUUCAUCUGUGUAUGCAUCAACAUGAUGUCGUUAUCACUAGUGCACGAACGUUUACCCGAUCGUGAUACAACUGCGCCCCUCAAUGACAUAGUGCUUGACAACGUGGAAGCGCGUGACUGGGGGUUGGAAGUCUCCGAAUACAUGAUUAUGGUCUCGACAACAGUAGCGAUGCUCGUCGUUGUGUUUCACAAGCACCGCUUCAUCGUGUCGCGUCGCUUGUUCUUCAUCAUCGGUCUUCUGUACCUGUACCGUUCCGUCACCAUGUUCGUCACGGUACUGCCGGUAUCGAGCAAGACAUACUACUGCAGUCCCAAGAGCCCCAACGCGACGGCCUUACUCAUCAUCCAGCGAACGUUCUACCUCAUAUCGGGCUUCGGUCUAUCAAUCAACGGAAAGCACACGUACUGCGGUGACUACAUCUACUCCGGGCAUACGAUGGUGCUUGUGCUAAGCUACUUGAUUGUGGCAGAGUAUUCGCCGCGGAAGUUGUGGCCCGUGCACUGGGCUAUGUGGGGCACAGCGCUGCUGGGAGUGUCGUUCGUGUUGCUGGCGCACGGACACUACACGGUGGACGUAGUGAUCGCGUACUACGUGACGACUCGGCUGUUCUGGACGUUCCACUCGCUGCUGGUGACGCCGCACCGCAGUGGCAACGGGUACAACCACUACAUGAUCCAGCGGGAGUGGUGGUACUGGCUGUUCACGUACCUGGAGCGCAACGUGCGCGGGCCGGUGCCGCGGCGCUACGACUGGCCACUGCCGUGGCCGCGCACGAAGCUCUUCAGCCGACUCAGCUAGUGACGCGCGCCGCCGCCGCCGCCCCAGCGUGUAUGACGCUCACCUUCUGCGAGUGCCGCUUCAGCACCUGCAGCUCCUUGGGGCUGGUGCGCGUGCAGAUGGCCAGUGUGAGCGUGUAGUCGAACUGGUGCACGAUGAGGUUCAGGUACACAGUCUCCUCCCAGUCGAUCUCCGGGUCGCCGAUGGGCAGCUUUUUCGAAUCCUUACGGAAUACUUCCACAUCGGUCUGCGAACAAACGGCCCAAGAGUCACAAUGCGGGAAGACAUGAUAUUUGGCUGUGCUAGCACUAUCGAACUUACGCGACAGACAGUGAACGUGCAUGUGAAAUGUGAUAAUAUAAUGGGCGAGCGCCAUCUCGUCGAUUGAACUAAACUGUUCUACUUAUAUGGACGACCUCGAAUGCCUUUACUGUUGUAUAGAGUUAUAAGAUUUGAUUUCAUUGGUCAUGAUACAAUAAUCGAUCAAUUAGUCGACUGUUGAUAGAAAUUUUGUUUUUGUAAAUUGUAUAUUUUAUAAGUGGUUAUUGAACAAUGUCGAGUCUAACUAAGAACAUACAUCCUAGUUAUUUAUUUACAAAUGUACUGUGAUCAGAUCCGUGUGUGCAGUAUGUGAGUGAGUGGUGCGUGUUGCGUGUGAGCGAGUGCAAGAGAGCCGGCGCGCCCCGGCACGUCUCGAACAAGUUCAUCAUAGUACAUAGUUGUUGUAAUAGCAGCCUAUUGUAAGAAAUAAUAUUUUUAUAUUGUUUAAAAAUAAAAAGUACAUAACUGUUGUUAAUGCAUAAUUUUUGUAUUUCCAAAGAUAUGUAUAGAAUGUUUGUAUCUUUCAUCCAAAUGGUGCUAAACUAGACAUUUAAAUGGACACUUUGAUUUCAAUUCCAAUUAAUUAUGCACCAAGAGUAAUUCUGAGAGUCGACAUAAUUAUGUCAGCAUAGUCACAAAUCGUACUAAUCUAGUGUGAUUUCGUAGUAAAGGUUCAUUAGUUUUGCAUUUUGGGAACAUAAAAUGCACAAAACGAUUGAAAAAGUAGGAAUAUGUAGGUAGCUAGUAUUUUUAUACUUAUUUAAUGGAGGAUUUAAUAAGCAGGUAACGAUUUUGUAACAACAGUAUAAAAUUACAUAUCUUUUGUAAUUCUGUUAGGAAUGGAACCAAAGCGAAACAAAAUCAUUUUUGUACAAUUUGAAACAAUUUCUAUCAUUACACACAUUGUCCGCAAACUAUUACAUUUAUAUUGAUUAUGAACUUGAACAGAUAUUUUGUAUAUGCCUUUGUGCAUUGAGGAUUUUCAUAUUGAUUAACCAAUAACUUGACUGUAGCAGCCGAAAGCGGACUAAUAAUAAUCAUUUUAUAAUCAAAUGAACAAAAUAAUAUCGAUUUUCUGCUGUUUUACUCAACAUCGUGUCGCUAAUAUCUUCAGGUGACGUUUCUGACGACGUGUUGUCGUUUGGCCUCUGGUUAUACGAGGUUUCAUUGUCUUGAUAACGUCAGACUUACCUCGUACUUGGGCAGGUAUCGCGAAGAGCCCUUGACAUGUCGCUUUCUGACGAAGAACAGCAGGUCGUCGCAGUCGAUGGCCUGCUCCUCUUGGAAUAGGAAGUGACGCACGAACAAGUCUGUCCAAUAUGUCGUCCCUUGGAGCACUACGAAACCUGAUUCUGUGAAUUUAUAAAUAUGAAUUCAAUCUAAAUCAUUGUUUAUUUCUUUCAAAAUAGAUUACAAAGAUUUAUAUUUGUUUAAGUAAAUAGCGUAGAAUUGUCAAGUGCCUUCAUAGUCCCGAGACAAAGAAUUGUAUGCUGACAGUUUGUAAGGCCUGCUUAGUUUUUAGAUCAAAUUAAUGAUAGUGGUGCUAAUUCCUGUAAAUACCAUCUAAUUUUAUUUUAAGUUAUAUCUGUCCUUUUCUUAUCCGCCGAAAAGGAAAGGGACGGGUAAUCGACAAGCAUAAAAUUUAUGGAACACACGUCAAUUUUAAGCACAAAUCUAAACCAACCGUCUAAAAAUUUUACGUCAGUCAAUAACCCGACACAUUAAUUUACUCAUUCUUCCUAAAAUUAAGAGCUGUGAAUCAUCCGUCCCUUUCCUUUUCGACGGAUACGAAAAUGACGGAUAUAACCUAAAAUAAAAUUAGGCGGUGUCUGCAGGAAUCGGGGCCAUUGUUGUAACAUUUUAUGCAGAAUCUAUUGUUGUAAAUUAUUUUGAUCUUUUAUUUUGGAUAUAGGUUUAUUUUGUUGUGUUUUGGGGCAAAGUUAGUGAAUUAAUGAAAUCUAAAUUGAUAUUAAUGGUAUCAAAGUUUAAGAUUUUUUCUACAAAGACUUUGGAUGCCAAACUUGAAUGUACAAUAACUUAUUAAGUAACUAGUUUAACUGCAUUUUGAUCGCAUAAAUUAUUACUUUUACUACAUGAGCAGUAGAUUGUAUUCGUGAUUAUGUUUGGUUCUUGCUACUAUGUUGUUGUUCUAUUUAUCAGCUUAGUAGUAACACAAUGUCGCCUUUUUGUAACUAUAAUCUCGCAUAAGUAUAUUAUGAUUACAGCAGAAACAGAAUCUCAAAAGUAUUAUCAGCUGUACAUAUUCAUAGCUUUUGUGUACCCAUUGCCUUAUAUAUAUAAUGUAAGAAGUUGCCUAAUAGAUUUUUGUAUGUCCACAUGUUAUUAUAAGAUUAUUUUUUUGGGAAUUUCUGCCCUUGUGUAUUGUAUGUUAGCUGUGUUCUCUCUUGUACAUAUACUGGAUAUAUAUAGUUAUUAUAAUUUAUAUAACCAAAAGAAGCCCCAAUACGAAAUGAAAUUUCUUUAGUUACCUGCCUGCUUUAAAUAUUGCUCAAAAUUAUUGUAAUCAGAAAUAAUGCCACUAAAUAUAAAAUCAUUUUUCUAUAUGUAUCCAAUCUGCCAUAUUGAAUGGUACAUGUACCUAGUUGACUACUGAGGCUUGUUGAGAGUUCAAAUGUUUAAUGAUGAUGCCACAUUCCGAAUUUGUGACGCGUUCCUUUUAUAUAAAAGAAAAAGAUGUAUGGAAAUAUAACAGUUAAUACUUGAAACAAUGCAAAAUGUUUACACCAACACUGUUGUACAUUAAAAUUCAUUAAAUGUUUUCUUAGA